CACUCUCCUCUCUUUCCUCCUCCCUCACCGCCGCCAGUUCGCCUUUCUGUUCUUCCUCACUGUCGCUCGCCGUCGUCCUCAAAACACUUACUCUACGCGGGCCUAGUGUCCCCCUUCUUCCCGCAUCGUCCGUAUAUUGUUAGUGCCCGUCUCCAACGCCCGCCCGCCCGCUCCAUCCUCCAGGAACAUUCCUGUAUCACUACCAUCUACCUCUGUUCAAAUGGCAACUCACGGCCCCAUCAACGGCGUGAAGAUUUCUCCUGUGGAUGAUCCGCGCAAGAUCGUCAAGGUCGUUGCUUCCGACGGCAGGAGCGGCGACGUCAAGGACCUCGUGUACACCAACUGCAAAGUCAUUGGCAAUGGGUCCUUUGGCAUCGUCUUCCAAGCGAAACUUCUCGACGAGACCGAUGGCUCCUCUGAGAUAGCUAUCAAGAAGGUCUUGCAGGAUAAGAGGUUCAAGAACCGUGAACUGCAAAUAAUGAGGCUCGUGUCACAUCCCAACGUUGUCGAUCUCAAAGCCUUCUUCUACUCUAAUGGUGACAAGAAAGACGAAGUGUACCUUAAUCUUGUGCUUGAAUACGUCCCCGAGACGGUAUACCGCGCAAGCCGCCAUUAUGCAAAGCUGAAGCAGCCGAUGCCGACGCUCCAAAUCAAGUUGUACAUGUACCAACUCCUGCGUUCACUGAUGUACAUUCACUCCAUCGGUAUAUGUCACCGAGACAUCAAGCCCCAGAACCUACUGCUAAAUCCGGCCACCGGUAUCUUGAAGCUCUGCGACUUUGGUUCCGCGAAGAUCCUGGUGGCUGGCGAGCCUAACGUCAGCUACAUCUGCUCGAGGUACUAUCGAGCGCCAGAACUUAUUUUCGGUGCGACAAACUACACGACCAAUAUUGACAUUUGGUCGACGGGGUGCGUCAUGGCAGAGUUGAUGCUAGGGCAGCCGCUCUUCCCCGGAGAGAGCGGCAUCGAUCAAUUGGUGGAGAUCAUCAAGGUUCUCGGAACACCGUCGAGAGAGCAGAUCAAGACGAUGAACCCGAACUACAUGGAACACAAGUUUCCGCAGAUCAAACCUCACCCCUUCUCAAAGGUCUUCCGACCUCGUACGCCAGGCGAAGCGAUCGAUCUCGUUUCGAAACUGCUGGAGUACACACCCGAGGCACGCCUCAGUGCUGUAGAGGCGAUGUGCCACCCUUUCUUCGAUGAACUGAAACAGGAUGGAGCAAAGAUGCCCAAUGGGAAGGAGUUUCCGCCGCUGUACAACUUUACACGAGAAGAGCUGUCCGUGCGACCAGACCUGAUUAGGCAGUUGGUGCCGCCGCAUUGCGAGAAGGAGCUGGCCUCGCGCUCGAUUCUCUUGGACAGUUUCAAGCCGAUACCACUUGAGCAGCUGAGGAUCUCCCUGGACUGACAGGCCUGGGUGCCCGGUGCAUGGGACUUGUCUGUGGUUGCUGUUGUUCAUGUUUCUUUCCUGCCCGAGAUACACAGCUCCGGUUGCUCUUUCAAUUGUCCAACUGCCAUCGCCUCUAUAUAUCUUGACUUGACCG